UCAAGUAGCAUUGCAUGUACAUUUUCGGACAUAACGUUACCAGUAAAUGCUGCAAAUGUGUUAGAUGUUAUUGUUCAACAUUGAAUUCACAUGAAUUCAAUGUACCUCUUAUUUGCAGGAUGUUACAUGGAACUUUUACAAGUGGAAUACUUCCAACCCAGUAUGAGAAGCUGUGCCAGGCUGCAGAUAUAGGCACAAUCAAGGAAGAUGACAGGAACGUCGUUCUUGGUGAAUACCAAGAAGUGGUACAAGACCUUGCAGAGAGCUCAAUGGAGACUGCACUACAAGAGGAAAUAACAGCGAGUGUGCUGGAGGAGGCUGCUGACAACUACCAAGGGCUCAAGGUGCUGUCAGACGCGCGCCACUGCUGGAGAAAGAAUGCAUACUACUCUGAUGUUGUCUUUCUUGGCCACACCACACACAGGGCUAUUCACCAUGAACUGGUGUCCAAGGAGGAUGAUCCAAUCUCCCAGAAUCACGAGACUAUUGGCACAGAGCGGUUCUACGAGUGGGCUGAUGCAAGAGGGCUCAGCAUCCAUCUCCAUGGCCAUGAUAGGAACGGCUCUGUGAACAAAAUCGUGAAAGACCGCCAGUUCACAGGCAAUGCCAACGACACAUGGCAUGCAACCAAGAACUUGGCAAGGUCAUUUGUCAAGGUUACAAAGGGAAAACCGAUCAAUCGAGGAAUCACCUGGCAUCCUGAGCUGUCUGACAAAGCUGCAGGUAUAAAGACCCAUUUCUACUGGUCUAUGAAGACAUGCAAUGGUGAUCCAGUCCUGCUGCGGUCUCGCCUGGACAAUAUUGUCCGGCACUACCAGAAUGACCACAGAAACUGCUUCGCGGGGAAUGUCCGGCUUCCGGGGGCCCGCUGUAAGACGGACCCGAACUACGAGCCCACCCGUACCACCAUCAGGGACCCUGUAGCAGCACAGCUGCUGACACGGUGGAUACAGAAAACAACCAUAUACGAAUGGCCAAUGGACUAUGUAGACUGUGUAGACACCCACUAUGUUGAGUCAUUCAACAACAGUCUGCUGCAGUACCAUGACAAGAGGAUUGUGUUUGGCAACAGCCAGUACACCAUGCGAAGCCAUCUUUCCAUCCUGGACUGGAAUGAACACGUCGACAGAGACUACACUUCGAUCAUUCGAAGACAGUCUGCCAAAAACCCCAGAAGGGUGGAGGGACACAAAGUCCUGAAGCCCAAGACUAAUAGCUUCAAACGCACAAUCUGGGACAGAUUCAUGGCAAGAAUCUUCCCCGCAGGAGAGGAUUGAGUAAUCUAGCUUGUUUUUGUUGUUCAGCAUGUAAUCUUUUAUUUUCCUAAUUGUGUUGAGACAAUGUUCCAAAGUCUUAGUAAAGAUACAUGUCUAAGAUAUUGUUUUGUCAUUUGUCAGGAAUUCACAAAAGGAGGU